AUCCCAUCACUAUUAUGCACCGCCAUAUUUGUUGACCAUAGACCAAGACGCCGGUCUUUUCCGCCUUGACGCGACUGUUGUUUCAACGCGGAAAAUUGGUAAAUGAUGGCAGCAAAUAACUAUUUUGGGUUUACUCACGGAGGAACCCAAUACGGCGCGGCCACUGGAGCCGCGUACGGGGGACAGACAGGGUACGCAGUAGCGCCGGCGGCGACUGCUGCCACGUACGGCACCCAGCGCGCCGCGGCCACAGGCUACGACACUGCGUAUCAGGCGGCAGCCGCCACUCAAGCAGCGGCGCACGCUCACGCGCACGCGGCGGCGGCGGCGGCCUCGGCCUACGACGCCAGCAAGAGCGCGUACUACCAGCAGGCGGCGGCGGCCUACCCGCACCAGGCGCACGCCGCGCCGCCGCAGCCCGCCGCUGCCUACGACGCCGCCAAGCCGCAGUAUUCCACUACACCUACUUACGCUCAGGUAAAUGAUGGCUAUUAUACUUACAAAACUAAUCAGGGCACGGCUCGUGCUAACACGGCCGCGAAGACUUACGGUGGAGUGUACACCGCCACCACAGCAACUACUUCGUACCCCACUCAAGCUUACACCGCGCCUGCCGCCCAAACUGCUAAUAAGACGGGUAACCGCGGCAACACUGCGUACGACACGGCGCUGUACAACGCCGCCACCAUGUACGUGGCGCAGCAGAACAAGACCGGCGGAGGCGGCGGUGGCAGCGGCUGGAAGUACAACAAGUCGGGCGUGGGCGCGGCGGGGCAGCAGCGCCGCCCCAAGCCCCCGCCCAAGGCGCAGCAGCUGCACUACUGUGACGUGUGCCGCAUCUCCUGCGCUGGACCACAGACCUACAAAGAGCAUCUCGAAGGCCAGAAGCACAAGAAGAAGGAGGCAGCAGUCAAACUCGCUGCCGCUGGGGCUGCCAUCCAGGGCGGGCGCACGGGCGGCGGCUCGUCGCUGCGCUGCGAGCUGUGUGACGUCACGUGCACGGGCGCCGACGCCUACGCCGCGCACGUCCGCGGCAUCAAGCACCAGAAGGUCGUGAAGCUGCACACGAUGUUGGGGAAGCCGAUUCCGUCCACCGAGCCGACUAAGAUUGGAGCCAAAAAGACGGUCGCCGGCGCGCCCAAGAUCGCUUUCGUGGCGUCCGGCGGGCUCAGCACUGUGGGCACUACCGAGGGCACCCCCGCAGGCGAGGUCAAGGACGAAGACAAGGAGUCUGACGGCGAGCCCGAGCCCGAGGUGCAGCCCGUCGGCCAGGACUACAUCGAGGAGAUCAGGGGAGACGACGGCAAGGCGCUCAGCUUCAACUGCAAGCUGUGCGACUGCCGGUUCAAUGACCCUAACGCUAAGGAGAUGCACAUGAAGGGCAGGCGCCAUCGGCUGCAGUAUAAGAAGAAGGUUCAGCCCGACCUGGUGGUGAACGUGAAGCCGUCCAUGCACCAGCGCAAGCUCGCGGAGCAGAAGGCGCAGCGGAUGCUGGUGCGCGAAGAGCUGUGGGCGCGCCGCCGCAUGCACGAGAACAUGGAGGAGGAGGAGCGCGCGUACUGGGAGGGCGGCGCGGAGACGUGGUGGCCGCGCGCGCCGCACCACCACAUGCACCCUGGCAUGGGCAUGGGCUACGGCGGCGCGCGGCGCCCGGAGACCUCCGACGACCGGCACGUGGCGGCCAAGCACGCCGCCAUCUACCCGGCCGAGGCCGAGCUGCAGCUCAUCCAGCGAGCCGUGAGCCACACGGAGCGCGCGCUCAAGGCGCUCAGUGACGCGAUGCAGCCACCUAGCAAGACCAAGACUCCGGCGGCGCCGGCUGCUAAAGUGACGGUCAAGCAAGAGGAACCUAACAAGGAAGAGAAACCAGAAGGCAAGGAAGAUGGCCGCGAUAACCAAUUGUUUUCAUUCAUGGGUGAAGGCGAGAACGUCCCAGCGGGUGACGCUGCGCCGCCCCCGCGCGCGCUCAAGGGCGUCAUGCGCGUCGGACUGCUCGCUAAAGGGCUGCUGCUGAAGGGCGACCGCGACGUGCGCCUGGUGGUGCUGUGCCACGACCGCCCCACCGUCACGCUGCUGAAGCGCGUCGCCGCCGACCUGCCCGUGCACCUCAACAAGGUCAAGGGUCCGGGCGACGAGCCCAAGUACAAGGUGGAGCUGCUGCCGGCGGAGGGCGCGGUGCAGGUGUCGGACGGCUCCGUGCACGUGCUGGUCAGCCUCACCUCCGCCGUCAUGCGCGAGCCCGCAGAGGGCGGCGACAUUAAACGCGACGACAAGGACGUGCUUCCGCGGCAGAAGUGUCUGGACGCGCUGGCCGCGCUGCGCCACGCCAAGUGGUUCCAGGCUAGGGCCGCCACGCUGCAGUCUUGCGUGAUCAUCAUCCGCAUCCUGCGGGACCUGUGCCGCAGGAUCCCCAACUGGACGCCGCUCAACCCCUACGCGAUGGAGCUGCUGGUGUCGGCGGUGAUGCAGUCGGCGGGCGCGGCGCUGUCGCCGGGCGAGGCACUGCGCCGCGUGCUCGAGGCGGUGGCGGGCGGCUGUCUGCUGGAGCACGCGCCCGGCCUGCGCGACCCCUGCGAGAAGGACUUGGUGGACGCGCUCGGCAACAUGCCGCCGCAGAAGCGUGAGGACAUCACGGCGUCCGCGCAGCAGUUCCUGCGCCAGGUCGCCUUCAGACAGAUCCACAAGGUGCUAGACAUGGAGCCGCUCCCGAAGACGGCCAAGACGCACACGGGCCCGUGGAAGUUCCCGCGCAAGCGGAGGCGCUCCAACACCGAUGCCGAGGGAGACACGCCCAACGGCGAGGGCAAGGUCGUGAAAACUGAAGAGAAGAUGGACGCCACUGAGAACGGUGCUGCCGCCAAGGCGAAGUAAUCCGGUGGCGCAAGCAAUUUAACUAUUACUAAUCAUAGCUUUUUUUAAUCAAUUUUAUCAACUCUUUAUCCCCAUUUUUCGGUAACAAAUCUCAUUACAUUGCAAAAUGUAUUGAAAUCGAAAACUUUUGUUGUAAAAAACAGUGGAUGUUGGUAAAAUUAAUUGAACUUGCUUUACUAUACGAUAAUAUAGAGUUUUAAAUUAUGUGACCAACUGAAGCCGACGAGCGCGGCACCGCCGUCGCCGCGGGGUCACCGACCUGCCACAACUUAUUAUUUCUGAAACUAUUUGGGCUCGUCAUAGAUGACCCAAGUAGAAAGUCCAGUCCAAAAAGCAUUUUCAUACAAAAAAUAUUUUAUGAGAAUCAUUUUCUGUGGAACCCAAAGUCUUAUUUAUCUUCUACACAUAUUUUUGAAGUCCCCGACUACUGAUUAAUUAACAUUUGUAGGAGUUUUAAAUUUAGGUAGGGUAGAUAAAUAUAGGGUAUUCUACAUUAUUCAAGAUAAAUGUAAGUUAGGUUUUCAAGUCUGCGCAUUGAGAGAGGGUAAAAAAUGAAUUGGGGUGAUAGCUGGAAUUGUAACUGCGAGUAUAGCGAGGAGCAAGGAGAUACGAUGCAGGGCUCGUGAACAUUUAUAUUUUAUUUUAGGUUAACAGUAUUUUGACGUAUAAACUUUGUUCCUUCUUAUGACUUCGACUAACUCUUUCAGUUGACGAAUUCGUAGUUCACAAAAUGUUUUUUUCUCUACUGCACCAAGCAGAUUUUAUUAUUCUUAUAUAUGAUUAUAUAGAUAAGUUGUUACUUUAUUCUCUUAAAAUGUCGCAAUAUUGUAAAAUUGCAGUGACAAAUGUUUUUGAGUCUCAUUAUUAUGAUUGUUUUCAGUAUUCUGCAUUGGUAUAAUGUUCAGUUGUAUCAGCUAUAUAUUCAAAAAGCAAACUCAUUUAUGCCUCACAUUUUUAUAUAUUAAAAUAUUAAUUUUGUAAACCGUAAGAGCCGUUUGAAUUUACUAUUUAUGUCAAUAAAGAAAACUUGACGAAA